AUGUUUGGAGCUGCUACAUCUUCAUAUCAAAUAGAAGGUGGUUGGAAUGAAGGAGGUAAAGGAUGGUCCAUGUGGGACCACCUCGUCAGAACAGACCCUGACCAUAUUGCAGACAGAUCAACUGGCGAUAUAGCUGCCAACUCGUACCACCUUUAUAAACGAGACGUAGAAAUGCUCAAAGAACUUGGCGUGUCUAUCUACAGAUUCUCCAUUUCUUGGCCCCGAAUUCUGCCCUUCGGUCGACAUGACUACGUAAACCCAGAAGGAGUGGCAUAUUACAACAAUUUAAUCAAUGAACUCCUUGCAAAUGGUAUCACCCCAUUUGUUACCAUUUACCACUGGGAACUGCCACAAAAUUUGAACGAACUAGGCGGUUGGUUGACUGAAGAUAUCGUCGAUUGGUUUGGAGAUUAUGCUCGAGUGUUGUACCGUAAUUUCGGAGACAGAGUGAAGCAUUGGUUGACGAUAAAUGAACCGUAUAUUCAUUGCAAUCACGGAUACAGUCGAGGAAACCAUGCGCCAAGGAUACGGUCACCAGGCAUCGCGUUUUAUGAAUGUGGUCGUCAUAUUCUCUUGGCUCAUGCAAGAGCGUACCAUAUUUAUAAGAACGAGUUUGCAUUUCAAGGUGGUCAAGUUGCUAUAGUUAUCAGUUCGGAUAUGUCCAUGCCAAGUGAUGAUUCUCAAUCUAGUUAUGAGGCUAUGGAAGAUUACAGAGCUUUCUAUGUGGGCCAAUACAUGGAUCCAAUUUUCUCCGCAACUGGCAACUAUCCUCAACGACUGAUUGAUAGAGUGGCUAGGGCUAGUGCGAACCAAGGGCUUUCAGAAUCUCGUCUCCGCCCAUUCACACAAGAACAAAUCAACUAUAUUAGGGGCACUUCUGAUUUCCUUGCAUUAAACCAUUAUACGAGUAAAUUCGUCUACAGGAAUGAUUCUCUUAAUGGAACUUUCGAAGUUCCUUCACAUCAAGAUGAUGCUUAUCUUGGCACGUAUCCUGACCCCUCUUGGAUGCAAGGAGGCACUUGGCUUUUUGCAUACCCACCCGGACUAUACAAACUACUAGUACACUUCAAAGAGAAAUACAACAAUUUGACAGUUUACGUUACAGAAAAUGGUUUCGGUAACUACACUACUGGUCUCGAUGAUGAGAACAGAGUUACUUAUCUAAGAGGAUAUAUUAAUUCCUUGUUAGAUGCUAUAGACGCGGGUGUGGAUAUCAGAGGCUACUGCGCUUGGAGUCUGAUGGACAAUUUUGAAUGGGCUACUGGGUACACGAUGCGUUUCGGUCUCUACCAAGUUGACUUCGAUGAUGCGAACCGGACACGCACACCCAGAAAAUCAGCACUAGUGUAUAAGGAAAUAAUUAGAUCUAGGGUUAUUGACCCUACCUACAAUCCGGACCCGCAUGCCAGAGAUGACUCAAAUAGUGCUAUAGUAGUUAAAACAUCUGCAUUGUUUAUUUUAUUAUCUGCUUUUGUUAAUACGCUUUUUUAA